CGCGAGACGAGCAGCUUUCAGGAGGAAGAGCGGAAGCCACGUUGGUUUCAGUUGUCGCAGAACGCCUCUCUCUCCGGGUUGGGAAGCCGUGCUUAAGGAAGAGGAGAUUGAUUUGAAUGUCAUGGCAUCCUAUACCUGUAUCACUUGCCGCGUGGCUUUCAAGGAUGCCUCGGCCCAGCGUACGCAUUACCAGACCGACUGGCACAGGUACAACCUGAAGCGGAGAAUGGCUGAGAUGCCUCCUGUCACGGCUGAGAACUUCCAGGAGCGGGUUCUGGCCCAGCGAGCAUCUUUGGAGGAGCAGAACAAAGCCACAGCGACUUACUGCACAGCUUGCAGCAAGAGAUUUUCCAACUUCAAUGCUUACGAGAACCACCUAAAAUCCAAGAAGCACUUGGAUCUGGAAAAGAAAGCCGUCCAAGCUGUCAGCAAGAAGGUGGAACUCAUGAAUGAGAAGAACUUGGAAAAAGGCCUGGCCCAAGAGAGUGUUGACAAAGAUGCCUUGAACACAGCUAUUCAGCAAGCCAUCAGACCUCAGCCGUCCUCGUCGCCAAAGAAGGUCUCUUUGUUGCCCAGUGCCAUCCCCGAGACUUCCAUAGCUGUGGAAAGUAGCAGUUCAGUCCGAAGAAGAGAACGCAUGGAAAGAUCUCCCCGGCUUCAGUGGUUUGAAGAACAGGCUAAGAAAUUGGCGGAAGAACUGUCUUCUGAUGAAGAGGAUGAUGACGAUCUGGAGGAAGGCUGGGAAGAUGUAGACUCAGAUGAAGAAUUAGAGUGUGAAGAAGAGGAGACAGAAAGAAUCCCAGAUGAAGCAGGAGCAGGAGCAUCUGGGUCGAACCACCUCACUGCCGAUGCAAUCCCAGUAACUGAUUGUUUAUUCUGUUCCCACCACUCAAGCACCCUCAUGAAGAAUGUGAGCCACAUGACAAAAGCCCAUAGUUUUUUUAUUCCAGACAUAGAAUACCUCGUGGACCUCAGAGGGCUCAUCAAGUAUUUAGGGGAGAAGGUUGGAGUUGGGAAGGUCUGCCUAUGGUGCAACGAGAAAGGGAAGUCCUUUUACACAACAGAGGCUGUGCAAGCGCAUAUGAAUGACAAAAGUCACUGCAAGCUCUUCACAGACGGAGAUGCUGCCCUGGAAUUUGCAGACUUCUACGAUUUCAGAAGCUCAUACCCUGACUAUCAGGAAGAUGACGAUGUGGAGAUGUCUGAUGAAGUGCCGUCAGGCAAGAACUUGGAGUAUAAUGAGGAAACUAUGCAAUUGAUUUUACCUUCUGGUGUCAGUAUUGGUCACCGUUCCUUGAUGAGAUACUACAAGCAAAGGUUUGGUUCCUCGAGAGCUGUUGCAGUCUCAAAAAAUAAACACGCCAUAGGAAGAGUAUUGAAGCAGUAUCGAGCCCUUGGCUGGACAAGCAGCAUUGGAUCAGUAAUGGCCUGCGAGCGUGACAUGCAGUAUGUCCAGAGGAUGAAAGCAAAGUGGAUGCUGAAGACCGGCAUGCAGAAUAAUGCCACCAAGCAAAUGCACUUCCGCAACCAAGUCCGGUUCUGAGAGAACCAAUGGGAAUGCUUCAAAGUUUGAGUUUGGCUUUUUCUGUUGACAAGAGAAUGGAGAAUCCAGUAAUUGAGAACUGUGGUAAUGAAGGGGGCAGUCAUGCCUUACCAGUGACUGCGCAUAUGCUGCUAUCCCAAAAUCUUUUUAGGGGGAUCAUCUAGUUCAUGCAAACACUGCUUGUCACACUUCAAAUUAAUAAAAUUUAUUGACAUCAAAAAC